UAGGUCCAGGAACGAUGGCUGCUUCUCUCACCAUGUCCAUGGCCAGCCUCGCGGUGUCGGGCACUGUGCGCCCCCCCGCCGCGCGCACGGGUUCCGCCGCGCGCGCGCCCGUGAAGGCUGUGGGUGGCUCGGCUUUCAUGCCCGCCAAGCUCGCGUCCAAGAUGACCAUGAAGUCUUCUCUCGCGGGCCUCGCCAUGCCUUCCGCCGUGGCGACUCGCAAGCCCGCUCUGGGCCGUGGUGCUCUGGUCGUGACUGCGGGUGGCAGGUCCAUCGGCUGCACCCUCCGCGGCACCCGCCGCGCGCGCGCUCGCACCUCCGGCUUCCGCGCCCGUCUCCAGACCCCUUCCGGCCGCAAGGUGCUGAAGCUCCGUCGCAAGAAGGGCCGCAAGUACCUCGCCCCCGCGGGCGCCGUGAACGGCUGGAACAGGGAGAAGAAGAAGUCCCUCAAGUGAGAGAGAAACGGCGUUUAGGACACGCGGGUUUAGGUUAGGAUUCUUUUGUUGGCGGCAUUGUGAGCACGGGCGUGCUGACACACGGGGCGAGGCGUCGAGGCGCGCGUCGAUCGAAUUGGUGGAAACUCUCGAGCGGAGAUUGACGAGCCACGAGGGGAGUGUUUGUUAUAUAGAGACAUCGCGCGAUUC